AUGAGGCUGGUGAGGAGCCCGGGGCACUGGCGGCACUGGCUUGGCGGCUGCGGAGUCUGGCUCAGCCCACUGGGGCUCUGCCUGGGGGCGGCCUGUGGCCUGCAAGGCCCAGGGGUGGCCCUGUACGUGGCCCAGGUGGCCAUCAACGCCACCGUGGCCGAGGACGUGCUACUGUCCGUGGCUUUCUCCUGCCCUGGCGUGCCCACCAUCGAGUGGAGAUAUGCGUCCCACAAGGGCGCCCAGCGCAUCGUGGCCUGGCAGCCGGGCACGCAGGCCCACGUGGCACCCAGCCAUCAGCACCGCGUCUGCACCUUUGACAACGGUUCCCUGCAGCUGCUGCGGGUGGGUCCCCACGACGCUGGUGUCUACGUGGUCACUGUCUCUGAGCAGCUGCUAGGCAGCAGCCUGGGCACCGUCGCACUGCAUGUGUCUGAAGUCCUGUAUGAAGACCUGCACUUCGUAGCCGUGGUGCUGGCCUUCCUGACUGCUGUGGGUGCUGUGCUGGCGGGCCUCCUCUGGGUGUGUAACAGGUGUGGCCGGCUCUGGAAGCAGCGCCUGCUGACAGGUGGCAGCAGCACAGAGCGGGUGGAGCUGCAGGACAUGGCUUACUAGCUCGACCGAAUGCGAC